UGGUCUUUCGCGCCUAGAGCGCAGCCCACAACAAAGGAAAAAGUACACAAGCAUAGGCCCAACACUUAGAGCUACAGUUCAUUGAAAGUCGACUGGAACAACCGCAGCAUCAAAUCCAAUCUGUCCAUGUCUCGGCAUGUGGAUAUUCUCAAGUCUGCUCCUUGUCUUUCUAAAGAUGGGUGGUCAUGAAAGGUUUCAGAGCACUUGCAAAGGCAGGAACAUCUACUGUGUUCCAGUGCAAUUUCUUUCAGUCUGAUGAUACUUAAGGACAAAUGUAGACCACUUGCUGCUUCUUCCCUUUUAUUUGCAUCAAAAGCUUCCAAACUCAUGCCAUCAUGUCGCAGAAUCGAAACCAACCUCCAUCGCAUGAUGGCUAUCCGCAGUCUUCAAACAAGAUCAUAGAGAAGAUGAACAAGUUCGUUGCUGAUCACUGUCAACUCUACACAAGACCCCCGCCUCUUCCUGGAUUCAGUUGGGCCUCAAUCGACAAGUUGGAAGCCUCUUUGCUAGUCUCGGUCGUUGCCACCACUACUAGACUACACCAAAUAAUUCAAGCCUCAGCAGAUAGCGAACCACAAUUCCUAGCGACGACCAACGAAUGCAUGAAACGCUAUGUGGAGAUUAUGAUACCGGCUGGGAUAUGCUGUAGUGCUUUGAACAACAUGAGAGAUGGGAAAUUCCGAGGCAACCUUGCCGUGAUUGAAGCAGUGCUUACAGCAUUUCACUAUGUUAAAGAGAAACAUAAUCCUAUCCUCCCAGACUUCAAAGGAAGUCUGGAGGAGAGUCGUAACUGGAUACUGGCCUGCAGGAUGUACGUUGAGAACGCCGUCAUGACGAUGAAGCACGCUGCACUGGCACUGAAGAGCACUGGCUCCAUAUGAGAGGCAUGCGGCUGCCAUCUUCUCGGCCAUCAUAGCCAGAGGUUGGCUUCCAACGAUCCAACUUUCUGGCAAAUGAAUCAGUGUUUCGGACAAAAUGAUUCGAUUUUGAUCAACCUAUUC